AGCUGAAUUUUUAGUAAAUUUAGCAGUUUUUUAAUGUUAUAUUAGGCAAGUUAGAUAAUUUGUACUGCACCUUAGAAUCUGCUGCAUAAAGAUUCUUUUUUAUUUUGGUGGAUUGGAGGGAGAAGAGAAUUUAUUUAGUAAAUGACUCAUAUUUUGAGAGGUGGACAUGAGUUACCUCAGAUCCAUGAAACCCAAGUUACAUGUGGCAAAAAAGGUUGUAUCUUUGUAGGGUUUUCUUGUGAUUCUUGAUUAGGUGUCUGUUUUUUCACCUCUCCUAGGUUCUUUUUCCAUGAUUCUUUUGCUUUCCUUUCUUGAAUUUAUGGAUAAGGCUUUGAUUUUGUCGUUUUCCCCAUGUUGUUGUGUAUUUAAAGGGUUGGUGGUGGUGGAUAUAGGAUUUGCUCUUGUUCUUGAUUUUUUCUCCUAAAGUGAAUUGCAUAGUUCUAGUUUACAGAAAGUUUGGAUCUGUUUACAGCUGCAGAUCUCCCUCAUACCCUUGUUUGUCUCACUAAUCUGGAGCUUGUUCCACUUAUUAUUUGGUCUUUUUUAGUGUACCCUUUAUUUCUUGUAGAGUGCAGUUGACUGAGAUCUUCUUGCCCAUUCAGUUUUAUCUUUCCCCAUUUUGUGGAUUCCUAGCUCAUCUCCUUGUGCUUUAAAUUUAGCUGUCUUUCCUCAUUUUGUGGAUUCCUAGCUCAUCUCCUUGUACUUGUAAAUUAGCUGUCUUUCCCCCUUUUUUUUGGAUUCCUACCUCAUCUACUUGUGCUUUUAAUUUAGCCGUCUUUCGCCAUUUUUGUGGAUUCCUAGCUCAUCUUUUUUUUGCUUUUAGUUUAGCUGUCUUUUCCCAUUUUUGUGGAUUCGUAGCUCAUCUCCUUGUGCUUUUAAUUUAGCUAUUUUAUUGCGCUUGUGAAUUUCCCUUUAAAGCAGUCCUACUCUCCGAAACAUAAAGCUUGGUGCAAAUUUGUUGGUGGAACCGCGCGCUUUCAUGGGCUAACGUGGUUGACUAGCUAGUUUGGGGAGAUUCAUUCGUAGAUUUUGCGUAUUGUUUUCCUCUAGAAAGAAUUAAUGGAGGAGUUGUCUCCAGCUGUUGCUGUUACACUUAGCUUAAGCACCUCUAUCUGUGAUAACCCUGCAAUUUCGAACAACAUGGAAAUCACAAGGCUCAAAUUAGUGACUGACACAGCUAGCUUACUUUCAGAUCAUCCAUCUUUGUUGCAUGUUGAGCCUAAUACCAGUUGGGAUGGAAAUAGCAACAGUAUGAAAGCUGAGGUGGGUAGAGUUCCCUUUUGCGGUCCAUUGCAGACUGUAUUGGGAGCUGAAAAUGGCCCGAUUGUUAGCGAUAGCAUCAUUCAGGGAAAUGAAGAAGAUGGGAUUUUAUCUAUUGGAGAGGAUCCUUAUGUAAUUAAUGGGGAGGAGUUGUUGCCACUGGGCGCUAGCUCGGAGUUAAGUUUGCCAAUUGCUGUUGAAAUCGAGGGUAUUGACAAUGGACAAAUACUUGCCAAAGUCAUAAGUUUGGAGGAAAGAAGUCUUGGGAGAAAGAUCAGUAAUCUGUCCGCCGUUGCUGCUAUCCCAGAUGAUGAAAUUACUACUGGCCCUAUGCUAAAGGCAUCUGUAGUGGCUCUUCCGUUGCCCAGUGAGAACGAACCUGUCAAAGAAAGUGUCAAGAGUGUGUUUGAAUUGGAAUGCGUGCCACUCUGGGGCUCUGUAUCUAUCUGUGGAAAGAGACCAGAGAUGGAGGAUGCUCUUAUGGUUGUUCCUAAUUUCAUCAAAAUACCUAUCAAAAUGUUUAUUGGUGAUCGUGUGAUUGACGGACUAAGUCAACGUCUGAGUCACCUGACAUCUCAUUUUUAUGGUGUAUAUGAUGGUCAUGGAGGAUCUCAGGUUGCGGAUUAUUGCUGCAAACGCAUUCAUUUAGCAUUAGUUGAGGAGUUAAAACAUUUCAAAGAUGAUAUGGUGGACGGGAGUGCAAAGGACACACGUCAGGUGCAAUGGGAGAAGGUCUUUACUAGUUGCUUUCUCAAGGUUGACGAUGAAGUUGGGGGGAAAGUGAACAGUGAUCCCGGUGAAGACAACAUAGAUACCACUAGCUGCGCCUCUGAACCUAUUGCCCCGGAAACUGUGGGGUCCACUGCGGUUGUAGCGGUGAUAUGUUCAUCUCAUAUUGUAGUUUCUAAUUGUGGUGAUUCAAGAGCAGUCCUUUAUCGUGGCAAAGAAGCAAUGGCACUGUCAAUUGAUCAUAAACCAAGCAGAGAAGAUGAGUAUGCUAGAAUUGAAGCAUCUGGUGGCAAGGUCAUUCAGUGGAAUGGACAUCGUGUUUUUGGCGUCCUUGCAAUGUCAAGAUCUAUUGGCGACAGAUACUUGAAACCAUGGAUUAUACCCGAACCAGAAGUUAUGUUUGUACCACGUGCUAGAGAAGAUGAAUGCCUCGUUUUAGCUAGUGACGGGUUGUGGGAUGUCAUGUCAAAUGAGGAAGCUUGUGAAGUAGCUAGACGACGAAUUCUGCUAUGGCACAAAAAGAAUGGGACUAAUCCUCUGCCGGAAAGGGGCCAAGGAGUUGAUCCUGCUGCACAAGCAGCAGCAGAGUAUCUCUCGACGAUGGCUCUUCAAAAAGGUAGCAAAGACAAUAUAUCUGUGAUUGUGGUGGACCUUAAAGCUCAAAGGAAGUUUAAGAGCAAAUGUUAAGAGAUGACUAUGUUCACCCGCACUCUGGUUGUUAGUAUGAAUCUAUAUACGGCUAUGGGGUAUAAUCUCAUUAUUACAUAACUCGGUCCAUCCAUUUUUUAAUGGGCUUAAAGUGUGUAUGAGAAUAGUGUUUAGCAUGUAUUUAUAGAAAAACAGUUUAACGAAUGACGUUUAUCCAAAUUUUUGGUGUUGUUACGCCAGCAAGUGGCUAUGUAAAUUGAGCAUGUUGUAGCAAUAUCAAAGGUGCAAGUUCUUUGUUCUUC